CGUCACACCCGUUGCUUAUAACCCAGGGUCGGCGCUCCUCUGAGCAUACGCACUUCCUGCUAGGCUUCUGUGAGCAGCUCCGCAGAGCUAAGCCGUUCCCGAGCCCGAGACCGAAUCCUUCCAAGAGGUUCGCCAUGGUUGAUGAGCUGGCUUUGCUUCUGCACGCGCUUAUGAUGAAGCACCGCGCCCUGACCGUGGAGAACAGCCGCCUCAUGCGUCAACUGCGGGUGCUGCUGAGUGAGAGGGCCAGUCUGCUGCGCCAGGUACGUGUACCGAACUGUCCGGUACCCUUCCCCUCGAGGUUUAAUGGCGAAAGGGAACGGCUCCCCGAGUUCAUUGUGCAGACGAUGUCUUACAUGCUUGUGAAUGAGGACCGCUUCUGCAACGACAUCUUGAAGGUGGCGUUCAUGAUCAGCCUCCUCUCCGGGAAUGCUGAGAAGUGGGUGGUGCCUUACAUCCUGAAGGAUAGCCCUAUACUGAUUGAUUAUCGGGCCUUUGUUGAUGAGAUGAAGCUGCAUUUUGGCUGGGAUGAUGACGAAGAUGAUAGUGAUGAUGAUGAUUACUACGACGAGGAUGAUUACUAGGCCACAGCCCCCUUAGGCCUAGAUGGGGAGGGCCCAGCACGCCGCCUCUUCCCCAUUCCUACCCGCCUCAGCGCUCUCCCUUUGCAUUGCCGUCCUCUUCCCUGCCAGUCUGGCUCUCCGUCAUCCCGUUUAGUGCUUGUCUUUGUUCCAGUUACCUGCUGAGUUGGGCCUGGGCCUUGUUCAGAAGCUCACAGUGUUCAGCUGUGAUUAAUCCAGGCACCCUUCUAAUCCGAACUGUGUUUUGAGCUCCAGCCGUUGUCCAGACUUGUUUUAGAACUGGUCAGACCACCUGCAUUCCUGGCGCUGACAUCAUCAGAGCCUCCAGCCAUCAUCCAGCUGCCCAGAAGCAGAUGCCUGUCAUCUCACUGCCACCACCCGUCACAUCUCAUCUGCAGCCAUGGACUUUUCAAGAUAAGGACCAAUCAGAAGAUGGCGGAUCUGGCUACACCAUUUCAGACUCUGAUUUGGACAGAUCACCAACCCUUGAAAGGGGCCAGUCUUAGAACCUGGUUAGUGUUUAUCUACUCCUAGGUUCCUUCACUGCCUGACCAGAUUACUGCAGGAGCCUGAUGUGUCUGCUGGACAGUUAAAAUGUUGGCAUUUUUUUUUUCUCAUGCGUCAGUUUUGCACAGAUGUCAUUUUUCUUUCAUGAUUGCAGGAGUCUCACAAUUGUGUACAUGUGGACAGAGUAGUACUAAAAUAAAGACAAAGGAACAGGCUUUCAGCCCAGACCCUCUCUGGUACCUGGAAAAAGUAAUGUCAUUCUUUUCAAUAAAUAUCAAGCACUGCAAAGCUAAAAAA